GUGCCUCCUCAGUCUAAUCAAAUCACACAAAUGGGCUGAUUCUUAUUCCCUAGUUCCCUCUCAAAAUUCCAAAUGGGCUCUCCUCGACCGGCCGACCGUCGUUCAUCUCACACCGUUUAGCCUCUCUCAUUCUACAAGCCGCGGCAUCUCCACCUCACCAUUCGAUCUCCCUCUUUCAGAUUCACUAAGAGAAAGAAGAAGCAGAAGAAGAAUGGUUCAUAGAUUUUCAACUAGAUUAUUGAAUGUUUGCAUAGCUUCCCUAUGUAAGGCCCAUAAAUUGGAGAAAGCUGAAUCAGUUAUUAUCGAUGGUAUAAGAUUGGGAGUGCUCCCUGAUGUUGUAACUUACAAUAUAUUGAUUGAUGCAUACUGUUGUUUUGGAAUUGAUGCUGGUUACGCCAUUCUCCAUCGAAUGAGAGAAGCUGAUGUUACCCCAGAUAUUAUUUCAUAUAAUUCUUUGAUAGCUGGUGCCACUAGGAAUCGCCAAAUAGCUCGGUCUUUUGAUUUAUUGGAUGAAAUGAUUCAAAGAGGCAUAGCCCCUGAUGUUUGGAGUUACAAUAUUUUGAUGCACGGCCUUUUCAAGUUAGGAAAACCAGAUUUGGCCAAUAGGAUUUUUAAGGAUAUUAUACUUGCUGAGUAUUCACCUUCUAUUGCUACUUUUAACAUUAUGAUGAAUGGUCUUUGCAAGAAUGGGUAUACAGAGAAUGCUUUUAUGUUGUUUAGGAAUUUACAGCGUCAUGGAUUUGUGCCAGAGUUAUUGACUUACAAUAUUCUUGUUAGUGGAUUAUGCAAGAUUGGUAGAUUAGGGUCAGCAAGGAGGGUUCUUAAAGAAAUAGUGGAAUCGGGCCAUGUUCCAAAUGCCAUAACAUACACUACUCUAUUGAAAUGCUUCUUUAGGAAGAAGAAGUUUGAAGAGGGAAUUGAGCUAUUGUUGGAAAUGAAGAGUAAAGGGUAUACAUUUGAUGGUUUUGCUUAUUGCACAGUUAUUGGUGCUCUAACUAAGAUAGGUAAGGUGAAACAGGCGACUGAAUUCAUGGUGGACAUGAUUGAAAUUGGUAUCGAGCUUGAUAUAGUAUCUUAUAACACACUAAUUAAUCUGUACUGUAAAACGGGUGAGUUGGAAGAAGCCUAUAAGUUGUUGGAUGAGAUAGAAAAGAAAGGGUUGGAGUGUGAUAAGUAUACACACACUAUAAUGAUUGAUGGAUUGCGCAGGGCAGGUAACAUUGAGGGGGCCGCACAACAUUUGAAGUAUAUGAAUAUGAUGGGCUUUGAUUCAAAUUUGGUUGCAUAUAAUUGUUUGGUUGAUGGGUUGUGUAAGGUUGGUCAGAUUGAUGAUGCAAUCAAAGUCUAUAAAUCAAUGGAGGUAAGAGAUUCUUUUACCUACUCCUCUUUGGUGUACAACCUUUGCAGGGACAGGAGGUAUCAUUCUGCAGCUAAGCUCUUGCUAUCUUGCUUACGAAGUGGCAUGAAAAUACUUAAGUCUGCUCAACGAGCUGUCUUGCUUGGUCUUCGCUAUUCUGGAUUUCCUAGAGAAGCAAAAAGGCUCAAGUCUAAGAUUCGCAUUGCUCGAAUAUUGAAUCAUUGAUAAUUUAGUCGUUAUUUUCGAUUUUAGUGUUAAAAGUUGGAAGAUUAUGUAUUUCAGUUGAUUUACCAUCGAGGAUCAUUCAUUAAUGUCAAUGGUUCUCUUGGGGUAGUAAUCCUGCAGGCCAUGAUAGAGAUCAGCAACUCUGAAUCAAGCUGCAUCUACUUGUAAUGUAAUAUAUAUUAUUGUAUGUAGAUAACUUGAAAUUGCAAGUCAUUUUUGAUAACUUUCUUCGAAUGAAGAAACUAUAAUGGCUCAUGAAAAUAGUGAGAAAGUUGACACUUA